AGCCCUGGCGUGCACUGGACUGCUUAUCUCUGCGAUCGAUCUCUCUCUCUUGGAAAUCCACAAUCCUCAUCUAUGUCCCCAAAUCAGAAUCUGGGCGUCUCACCUCUGCCGACGCCGAGAUGCAACAGUCAUCGGACAUCGCCGAUUCCGGAAUCACCAUCCACGCAAGGUUUGCCUGCUUAGUUGUCUUCUGUUUCCAUCGGUUCAAUUCAGAAGAUUACUCGGUUUUUGUCUUUGAAGAAUCUUGAUCAAGAAGCUUGGAAGCAAUUGGGUUUUGGGGUUGAUACAUCUGGCAUAUCACCACAUGCUCUCCAUUUGUUUGCUGAAAUGUCACACUCAUGUUGGGUAUGCAAUGGUGGUACUGCACUUCUUGAUUUUGAUCUUGGCUACCAUAUGGGCAUUCGAGACAAUGGUGGUGGAAAUGGCAAUUGUCCUUUACACAAAGAAUCCGACUGGAAAGAAGCUGGAUAUCAUGACCACGGAAGUACUGGGAUGGAUGCUUGCUUGGGCAUUCUUCUCAUUCUCUUUUCCACUGCAGAUUAUAAGCUUAGAUGGGUCUGCUUCAAGAAGCUUUGUUAUAUUCAUAAUCAGCAGUUCAUUUUAGUUGCUUCCAGUUUUGCGAUGCUCUCCUCUUCAUCUCUGCUUUUCUCAUUAAUUCAUUUAUUUAGAGUUGUGUCCAGAUUAGGCUUUGAUUUUUGUUCUUCUUUUGUUUUCUCAGGGGAUUCUUUUGGCAGAGGAGUUGAAGGGUUAGAAGCAGUUAGGUGA